GAAUACACGAAAUUGGAAGCCUUCUUCGUCGCGUUCUUUGACAGAACUGAAAUUCAGUCACUGGAUUCCUCUGCGUUUGGCGGAAAUUGUUGUUAUUCUCUCCAGAUUUUCGCCGGCGCCUUCAAUUUUUUCCCCGGAGACUGAGCUUAGAGCCAGUGUUGGUUCGUGAGCAUAAUAUUAGAGGCCUUUCAUGGACCCUUCAAUAAUGAAGCUCCUCGAGGAAGACGAGGACGAGACGAUGCAUUCGGGUGCCGACGUAGAGGCUUUCCAGGCAGCUCUCAAUCGGGACAUUGAAGGUCACGCUUCCAAUUCUCAGAACGAAGCUCAUAACACGGUUCUUCCAAGCGAAAGCGACCAAGGUUCCUCUCAGAAAUCUCAAAGUUGGCCAUCAAUGCGACAAGAUCAAGUUCCGUCUGGCUCAAGCAACCAGGGGCCACAAAAUGUAUCACUACAACAACAGUUAUCAGAUCAACAGCAACAACAACAACAACCACAGCAAUCACCUAUGAAGAUAGAUCAACAGUCAUCUGUAGUCGAGAAACAGCAACAGCUUAAUGAUGUGCCCCGGGCACAAAAUCCCCUUGCUUUUCAUAAGAACCAACCCCCAGAUGAGCAUCAACAGGUGAAGGUGGAACAUGUGCCCGUCCAACCUCCCCAGACAAGUGGGGCGCCGAUUUCUGAUAAAAAUCCCGCUCCAGCUGCUGAGCCGGGCAGAUUACAGAACCGCACUGGUGAAUCCCAAUUCGUAAGGAUGCCCCCACAGAUCACAGCCACGGAACAGUCUGUUAACUCAAGGUAUCAAGGUAAGCACAUCCCAUUUGUGCUGUUGCUGCCUGCUUUAAAACCCCAUCUUGAUAAAGACAGGGAGAUGCAGCUUCAGACUAUAUUCAAUAAACUAAAGAAAAAUGAAAUCCCGAAAGAUCAGUUCGUCAGGCUUAUGAGGAAUAUUGUUGGGGAUCAAGUGAUAAAGUUGGCACUAACCCAGUGGCAACAGCAGCAUGGAACCAACCAAUCCCAGUCACAGGCCCAAGCUUUAGCCCGUCAACCAAAUGCUAGGAUGCCUGUCAGUCCCUGUUCUUCUCAACUUAGUAGUUCCAAUCCAUCUGCACUUCAUCAAAAGGGAUCAAGUUCUUCCACCAACCCAACUUACAGUGUUCAUUCAUCAGUCAAACUGCAGUCUGAUCAUUCAACUCGUGCUCUUGCUGGAACCGGUACUCCAAAUUCCCGACAGGUGGAUUCCCGUGCAGUCAACUUCAGUCAAAUGCCUUCGUCCAAUGUCAAUCCAGAUAGAGAUGGCACUUCAAUUUCAACACAAGGGCACAAUAAGCAGCAGCAACAACAACAACAUCUACACUUCCCGCAGACAUCUUUCCCUGUGAAUGGGGGAGCUGGAAGCAAUUAUCCCACAUAUUCCGCUUCAGGAGGAACUUCUUUGAAGCCACAGCCUUCAGAGCAACAAACGAGGCAGAUUCCGCAUCAUCAAAGUGCAGGUAACUCUCAAGUGGGAACACACACCCAGGCAAUGAGCACCCUCAACGUGCCAAAAUUGGAGAGGCAAAGUCCGGCUGUUGAGUCCAAUGGAGUGCAGCGUGGUCCUAUAUCCCCUUAUCCAAGCAAGCCAACAUUGCAGCAAAAUUCAGUCCCUUGCCAGACAUCAACGAAUAAAGACCAAAAUCCCACCCCUUUUUCACCAAUGAAUUCUGUGAAACCGGAAAUAGUUGAGCAGGCUGGUGAGCAACCACAGAAGUCCCAGUUCAGUAACAAUAAGGGGUCCUCUGGUGGUGCUGAACAAAGAAACACAACUAUGAAAAAUUCCAAGAAUGCCUCAGACAAGCAGCUCUCAAGUGUUCGGUCCUCGUCAGCCUCUGACGCAGUGCCACCAAAUGCAGUGUCCCGAUCUGUCACAACCCAGACUGACCACAGUAACCAGGGUCUCUCCAGGAUUCCUGCCGUAACUUCACCUGCUACUAUGAAUUCAAGAACACCUCCAAAGAAACCCUCCGUCGGGCAGAAAAAGCCACUUGAAGCAGUUGGAUCUUCCCCGGCUCCUGCAAGUAAGAAGCAGAAGGUUUCUGGGGCUCUUUCAGAUAAAAGCAUUGACCAACUGAAUGAUGUCACUGCUGUCAGUGGAGUUAAUAUUCAGGAAGAGGAAGAACAGUUGUUUUCCACAAACAAGGAGGACAGUCGAGUCUCCGAAGCAUCCAGAAGAGUUGUACAAGAAGAAGAGGAGAGGCUGCUUUUGCAGAAAACUCCUCUUCAGAAAAAAGUGGCGGAGAUCAUGACCAAGUGUGGUAUGAAGAAUGCUAGCAAUGAUGUAGAGAAAUGCUUGUCCUUGAGCGUGGAGGAGAGAAUGCGGAGUUUGAUAAAUAACAUGAUCAGAAUGUCGAAACAGAGGAUUGAUUUAGAGAAGUCAAGUCACAGAACUGUGGUUACCUCUGAUGUUCGGCAACAACUCGUGGCAAUGAACCAGAAAGCUAAGGAUGAAUGGGAUAGAAAGCUGGCUGAAGCAGAAAAGCUCCGGCGAGUAAAUGAACCUGACGCUGAUGAUGGAGCCGAAGGUGACAAGGAAAAGGAAGAUGGGAGAGGAAAAGCACCCAAGGUGAGCAAAGAGGAGGAUGACAAAUUGAGAACGACAGCUGCAAAUAUGGCAGCCAGGGCUGCUGUUGGGGGAGACGACUUGAUGUCGAAGUGGCAGCUCAUGUCGCAAGCCCGGCAGAAACGAGAAGGUGGUCAAGAUGGGAGCCGCAAGGCCCAGUCAUUCUCUGGAAGGAAUGGCAGUCAAGAUGGAACGACAAAGCGCUUUGGUUCAGGAUCCUUUGGUGGUACGAAAUUCGGGAGGAGCCAGGUUGCCGGAUCACAGCUCAGGGAGGUCCGGAGUUUAACCAUCAAGGACGUGAUUGCAGUGAUGGAACGAGAGGCCCAGCUGUCGAAGUCGGCUCUGAUCUAUAAGCUGUACGAGAGAAUCCGGUCCGAUCCGCCACCUGGAUGAUAGGUUCUGCUGCAGAUCCGUUCCUGCCGCCAUGGAUUCAGUCGGGGGUUAAUUUGGUUGCAGAAUGCAGUUAGUUGCUUGUACUUAAAAAGAGUAGUUGUUUUGUUUGCCGUUCGCCCUUGAACACACUGCUCUACUGAAGCUAGUUUUAGAUGGUGAACUCCCGGUAAGACUAGAGUACCAAGAGUCUGCUCCAAUGCGUUUUCUGGUUUGCUUAGAACCGGAUCUUACGUUAAAUACAGCUCUUUUUUUCUU